CCCUCUUUUCUUUUUUCUUUCCCUUCUCUGUCUGUACUUUGUCUUUGUAAGCAACCCAAGUCCUAACCUAAAACUGUGAAGACUUCAUUUUUUUGUUAUAAAAAUCUUAAAAAAACAUUCUUUUCCCAAUUUCUUAUGUUUGAUUUUCAUUUUUACAACAUUUGGAUUCAACAAUAAACCAACCAAGAUUCUCUUCAAGCAGUCAAUCUGCCAUUUAUGCCUCUUGAAACUAAGUGGUAAUGGCAGUGGAAGCUUGUAUGAAUCCGAAAAUGGUUGCUGAUGAUAGUGAUGAUGAAAAACCAAUAGUUUUUAGAAGAAAAUCUAAUCAAAUAAGCUCAGAAUUAAAAAAUUCUUCACCUUCUGUGAUACCUGAAAAGCGUUCGUUGAAGCCGGUUUCGGAUGUUAGAAGCACUAAUGAUAGGAAUUCUAGUGCAUUGAAGGGAAGAAUGGAUUCGUUGUCGAAGCCAUCAUCUUCUAAGCCCACUCUUGGAGCUCAAAAAUCCCCACCCCCUUUAUCGAAACCCAUUAAGUCUCCACCUUCAUCGACUAGACCAUCUCCGUCUUCAGUUAGACCGUCUCCGUCUCCACCGCCGUCAGCUAGACCUUCUCCGUCUCCACCGCCGUCAGCUAGACCUUCUCCAUCUCCUCCGCCAUCCAAAGUGCCACCCGUUAAACCCCCUUCCAACAAUGGAUCUUAUUUGGCAAAUCACCAGUCAAGAAAGGCAAUUCAUGGUAAAGAGCAGAAGCGUGCGCCCAAUGUAGUUAAAGAGGGAAAUUCAGCUAAGGAUGAGUAUGAUAAUUCUGAUGACGAUAAGCCGAUUAGUGCAAGGUAUUCUGUUGGGCAACGUAAGGGGAAUUCUGAUGCAGCCAAUGUGGUUGUCAAGUCUUCAAAUAGUGAUUCUGUGGAUUCUGAUGAUGAUAAGCCAAUUGGUAUGAGGAUGGAUAAGGGAAAGGUUGUAGCCGGUGGAUCUCAAACACAGAAACUGAAGGCUAGUGUGAAACCUCCAAAUGAUUCGGAUGAUGAAAAGCCAUUGUCGUCUAAGUUGAUGAAAAAUAACAGUGGGAUAUCUUCUCGAAAGUAUGAUGAUUCUGAUGAAGAUAAGCCAUUGGCUUCUAAGCUACAACAGAAUGGAUCUAUCAAGAAGGAAAAUCAAAGUAAGAAGGUACAUGGCAGCUCAGUUAAAAGGUCUUCAGAGUCCUCUGUUGGUCAAUCUUCAAUCAAAAAAGCAAAACUUUCCGAAGCAUCCACCUCUAGUAAAGCUAAGCAAACAGCUGCAAAAUCAGGGGUCAAAGAUGAUGAUGACCACAUUUCUAUAGGUCUACAUAGUAAAGCUGCAUCUUCCAGUACAUCAGUGCCCGUGAAGAAGGUCGCUAAAAUUGAUUCUUCAAAGUUGAGACUAAACAAAAAUUCAAAGAAAAUAAUGAAGAAAUCAAAGUUCUCAAAAUCUUCGAAAGAGUUACCCAAUUCAGGUGAUGGGCAGAAAUGGACCACCUUAGUUCAUAAUGGUGUUAUAUUUCCUCCUCCAUACCAGCCUCAUGGGGUUAAGAUGCUGUAUAAUGGUAAACCGGUUGACCUCACACCUGAGCAGGAAGAGGUUGCAACUAUGUACGCCGUGAUGCUUGAGACCGACUAUGUGAAGAAGGAAAAAUUUAGCGAAAACUUCUUUGGUGACUGGAAGAAAAUUCUUGGGAAGAACCAUGUGAUUCAGGAUUUUAGCAAGUGUGAUUUUAAGCCUAUAUAUGAAUGGCAUCUAAGGGAGAAGGAGAAGAAGAAACAAAUGAGUGCUGAAGAGAAAAAGGCAAUAAAAGAAGAGAAAUCAAAACUAGAAGAGAAGUAUAUGUGGGCUAUUCUUGAUGGUGUUAAAGAAAAGGUUGGAAACUUUCGGGUUGAGCCUCCUGGUUUAUUCAGGGGUCGUGGCGAGCAUCCCAAGAUGGGAAAACUCAAAAAGCGUAUUUAUCCGAAGGACAUUACAAUAAAUAUAGGAAAGGAUGCUCCAAUUCCCGAAUGUCCUAUGCCUGGUCAAAAAUGGAAAGAGAUAAGGCACGACAACACUGUUACAUGGUUAGCUUAUUGGAACGAUCCCAUAAAUCAGAAAGAGUUCAAGUAUGUAUUUUUAGCAGCUAGCAGUUCAUUGAAGGGGCAAAGUGACAAGGAGAAAUACGAGAAAGCAAGGAAGCUAAAGGACUACAUUCAAGGUAUUAGAUCAGCUUACACAAAGGAUUUUACAAACAAAGAUAUGGCCAAAAAACAAAUAGCUGUUGCUACCUAUCUCAUUGACAGACUUGCUCUGAGGGCGGGUAAUGAGAAGGAUGAUGACGAAGCAGACACUGUUGGCUGCUGUACAUUGAAAUUCGAAAACGUAAAACCGAUCCCACCGAAUAUAUUGGAGUUUGAUUUCCUUGGUAAAGAUUCCAUCAAGUACUACAAACAAUUUGAAGCGGAUCCUCGAGUGUACAAAGCUGUUGAGGAGUUUAGAAAAGGGAAGUCGGAUGGUGAGGAUCUCUUUGACAAGUUGGACACUAGCAAGCUGAAUGCUCACCUGAAAGAACUAAUGCCCGGUCUCACUGCAAAGGUGUUCCGUACAUACAAUGCCUCGUUCACUUUGGAUGACAUGCUUGGCAAAGGGGCUGGAAGUGGAGAGGUGCCAGAGAAAAUUGCCAUAUAUCAGCAAGCAAACAAAGAGGUAGCAAUCAUAUGUAAUCAUCAACGUACUGUAUCGAAGAGUCAUUCUAGCAUGAUGGAAAGACUUGCGACAAGAAUAGAAGCUGCAAAGGCUGAACUGAAGGAAUUGGAAGUCGAUUUGGCUCGUGCGAAAAAAGGAAAACCACCAUUGAAGGAUAGUAGUGGAAAGCAAAAGAGAACCUUGUUUCCCGAAGCGAUUGAGAAGAAGAUACUGUCAACAAAGGCAAAAAUCGAAAAACAAGAGCGCGACAUGCAAUCUAAAGAGGAUCUCAAAGAAAUAGCUCUGGGAACAUCCAAGAUAAACUAUUGUGAUCCACGGAUUACCGUUGCAUGGUGCAAACGAAAUGAAGUACCGAUCGAAAAAAUGUUUAACAAGUCUCUGCUGGAAAAAUUUGCAUGGGCUAUGGAUUGUGAUCCCAGCUUCCGAUUUUAACGGACUCCUCAAUACUGGUUGGUAUGCAGUUUCUUCUGAAGAAAUUUUAUUCACUCGUGCUUUGCUCUUUCUUAUUCUCGUGCUGGCUGUUGCGUCCAUGGAACUGGGUUUUACUUUUUCAGCGUUACUUAUCCAGCGGCCUUUUUAUUAUCCUGUUAAUCUAAGAUGACGAGAAAACUGAGUCUGAGAAAAUCCUCUGCCGAGUAGAGAUUAUCGAGUUGUAAACACUCGAUAGCAUGUUUCAGUGCAUCAUUCGACACUUCAACGACAUGUGGUUCAUUUGUGUUAGUAAAGCUGAUGAAUGAAGUUCAGCCGAUAUAGAGUAUACCCCCUUACCGAAAUCUGAGUUGCAUAAUUGUGUUCUUUGUGCUUACGAUGUUAUUAUUUACUAAUGUAUGAACCGUAUUCAUAGUCUAAUGUACAAUGUAAAGGUCAUUUGAUUGCAUUUUAUAAUUUUAAGCCGAACUUUCAGA